CAGUCAGCAGCAGCACCCGUGGCGGCCGCGGUUACGCGCCUCUAGAGCUCCUGGAGCCGCGGCGCCCACUCUCCAGCCCUGGGACAAUCGCGCUGUAACAAUCGCUCCUGGACAAUCGCGUUUGUUGACAGUCAGUGUCCGUGAGUAACCCUGUUGCAGCGGGCAGCAGCGGGCAGCAACAGCGUGCACCUGGCCGAGGACAGGCAAGGGUGGCUGGCUCCCACCUCCACCGUUCACCUUCUUUGCAAGGAGGCGUGUUACAACACAAAGUUGCUACCUGCUUGAGAAUACGUGAACACGGGAGGAAGCGAAGAGGUUCGUGCUGGAUGUUUGAAGAGACAAGAAUAAAGAAUGGUGGAUACACAAUUACCUUUAUGGCCCAUCAGCUUUGCUAUGGGUACAAUGGACCUGUCGGACCUUGGCAACCAUCCUCAUUCCUUUGAUGUGAAACCCUUUGCUACCGUGGACUUUUCCAGUGUUUCUCCAGUUCAUUAUGAAGAUCAUGCAGCAACCUCUUUAAGAAUUGAUGAGGCAUUCUCUGACUAUAAAUAUGAUGACAUAUUUCAGGACUACCAAAGCACUAUUAAAGUUGAACCUACUUGCUUCAAUGAAAUAUCAGGGAAAGGAUUAGCACUUUCAAAACUGCAAGAGGAUUCACCAAAUUCUGUCUUGUCUAUCGAGUGCAGAGUGUGUGGAGACAAGGCUUCAGGUUUCCAUUAUGGGGUCCAUGCUUGUGAAGGAUGCAAGGGCUUCUUUCGGAGAACGAUAAGGCUGAAGUUGAUAUACGAUAAGUGUGACCUAAACUGUAGGAUUCAGAAAAAAAACAGAAAUAAAUGUCAGUACUGCAGAUUCCAAAAGUGUCUCACAGUUGGCAUGUCGCAUAACGCAAUUAGAUUUGGAAGAAUGCCACAGGCUGAGAAGGAGAAGCUCCUGGCUGAAAUCUCCAGCGAUACUGAUCAACUGAACACGGUCUCUGCUGAUCUCCGAGCCCUUGCCAAACACAUGUUUGAAUCGUACAUUAAGACUUUCCCUAUCACAAAAGCUAAAUCUCGUGCAAUCAUGGCAGGAAAAACAGGGGACAAAUCGCCUUUUGUUAUUUACGACAUGAAUUCAUUGAAGGUGGGAGAGGAACGCAUCACAUUCAAGCAAACGCCGCUCCACGAGCAGAACGCAGAGGUAGAGAUACGCAUUUUCCAACGUUGCCAAUUCCGUUCCGUGGAGGCGGUGAGGGAAAUCACUGAAUUUGCUAAAUCUAUCCCGGGAUUCGUAAAUCUCGACCUAAACGAUCAAGUAACCCUUCUCAAAUACGGUGUGUAUGAAGUGAUAUUCAGCAUGCUGGCUUCCCUGAUGAAUAAAGAUGGCCUGCUGAUUGCUGCAGGCCAGGGUUUCAUGACCAGGGAAUUUUUAAAGAGCUUAAGGAAACCCUUCUGCAACAUCGUGGAGCCUAAAUUUGAAUUUGCCGUGAAGUUCAAUGGUUUGGGCCUAGAUGACUCUGACAUUGCGAUAUUUAUUGCUGUGGUCAUACUCAGCGGAGAUCGGCCUGGAUUGCUAAAUGUAAAACCAAUAGAAGAUUUGCAAGACAGCAUCUUACAAGCACUUGCUUUUCAGCUGAAGAUGAACCACCCAGAUACACCGCAGUUAUUUGCGAAAUUGCUUCAGAAAAUGACUGAUCUCAGACAGAUUGUUACUGAGCAUGUACAGCUUCUGCACACAAUCAGAAAAACGGAGGCAGAAAUGAGUCUCCAUCCACUCCUGCAAGAAAUAUACAGGGACUUGUAUUAGAGAUCCUCACCCUGAAUCACUGACAAACCCAGUUUAUCCUUCACUAAGGGCACUGUUUUAUUAUCUGGUCUUAACAAAUGACGAUCAUGCCUUCACCAAGCAUCAAAGCAAUAGUUUGUGGAAUGGCAACCAACUUCAAUAAGCAAAUGUUUCGGAAAAGGAUAUUUUCCAUAGCAAGAAUCAUUUUCUUUUGGAUUGACGUGAAGAAUCCCUUGACUGUCCCGGAAAAUUGGUUCUUUAGGGAAGUUUAUUUUCUAUUGAAUCGUGAGGAAUAAAUAAAAAAAAUAAUGCCCAGAGUAUUCACAUUUUAACAUUUUUCUAAUGAUCAUUUUUUUUUUUGUGAGCACUCUGUGAUGCCCUUUAGGACCGCACUUGUAUUGUCUCAUCAUUACUUUCAUGAAUAAGAUUGAAGCUUAAACUGAAACAUUGCAACUAUCAACAAUCAUUAUUUCAGGUAUCUCUUGCCAAGUGUCUUACUAAAAGAUUUCUGUUUUUCUUUAAAGAAAAGUCCAGAUGUAUAUUUAAUUAUACAACUGGGUUUAAUUCUGGACAUUCAAAUUCACAACAUUUGAAUGGUUAGUUUUUAUUACUUUAGACUCAGUACUAAAUCUUUUGAAUAAUUUGAAAGGUGUGUUGAAAAUUCUUGCUGCCAAGUAAUUUUUCAAGGGAUUAGAAAUGCACCAAAUGAAAAAGAAGGGUGUUUUAAAUGAAUUCAUAUUAAAGUUAUUUUCAUUGUUUUAAAUGCAAAGAGUUUUUAACCGAACAAUGUGACAAAGUAGUAACAUUGUACUGUUGUACAAUCUACAAAGUGCUCAACAUACUUACACUGGAUACUCCGUGAGGUCAACAGAAAAAAUGCAAUAUCUGUCUAAAAUGUAAAAAUCUUUAUUAAAAUAAUUCUGAGUGUAAUUUAACAUUAUGAAUAUUACAAUGAAGGAUAUAGAAGCUUUUCCAAAGAGAUUAUGUACCUUAAUUUGUAACUGUUUAUAUGCAAUAGAUUAAAUUCAAAAGUUAUGAAAAAAAGGCUAAUUAGUUAGUAAAAAUAUCAUUAUAAUUACAAAGCCUUGCUGAAGCACCUGUGUGCAUAUUAAGAGUUUUGGUGUUACAAAUCUGGUUUGAAAGGAAGUCUUUAAGAUAAAAGUGUAUCCCUUGCGACGCAACCUGUCCUAUCACUAAUUUGAAGAGAUUCAUGAAUGCUUUUGUCAUUUGCACGGAUAAGAAAAAUGAAAUUCUUACUUGCUGCAGCCUUACAGGUAUAUUAGAUGCAAUAACAAUACUCAAUAUACAAUAAAGUAUCCGUUAUUCUAAGUAAACCAGACAAUGAUAGUGCGAAACCCAAAGUGCUUGGAGCAACCACAGCUGUACAAAGUCUGUGGUGGUUCGGUAGAGUUGAGGUGGUUGAGGAAGAUUGUGAUUAAGGUUUUACUGGGUUGUUCAAAAACCUGAUGGUUGAAGGGAAGAAGCUGUUCCUGGGUGUGGAGGGAAUGAUUCACGGGCUCCUGUAUCACCUAUUUGAUAGCAGCAAGAAGAGUGCAUGGCCCGGGUAGUGUGGUGUGCUUCCUGUAGAUGACUUAAAUGGUGAGGGUUCAGUACGGGAUGAACCAUCAACCAGCAGUGUUAUUUUUUAUUAAGCCUCCUCCGUUCUUGAGCAUAUGAAUUUUCAAAUAAGGCCAUGAUACAACCGGUCAGUAUGUUCUCUACCAUAGCUGAGGUUCAAUAGAGUAUUGGUGAGAUACCAAAUCUCCUCACACCUCUGAAGAAGUAGUCAUUGAUAUGUGUCGGUAGGAACUGCUGAUGUCUGAAGAAGGGUCUCGACUCAAAACGUCACCCAUUCCUUCUCUCCAGAGACGAUGCCUGUCUCGCUAAGUUACUCCAGCAUUUUGUGUCUAUCUAGAAUCAUUGAUGUGUUUUGUUGUGACUCCAUUAAUUUGUAAUGGAGAGCUCGCCAGGGAUGGUCACACCCAGGAACAUGAAGCUGUUGACUCUCUCCAACACCGUCCUGCCAACAAAUACUGGUGCAUUGUCUUUCAGCUUUCCUUUCCUCAAGUUAACAAUAGGUCUUGCUAGCAUUGAGAGCAAAAUUGGUGUUCUGGCAGUCUAGAUUCAACUAUGUAUAUUUGAGAUAUUCAACUAGAUCAUAAGAUCCUGAGUGAUAGGAGCAGAAUUAGGCCAUUCAGCCCAUCGUUUACUCCACCAUUCAAUCAUGGCUGAUCUAUCUCUCCCUCCU